AUGGCAGGAAAGGUUGGAACUUUGGAGAUUAAGGCUGUGUUUGGUAGCAUUUGUGCAUCAUAUUCACUGCAUCGGUACCACGUGGUCCAUGUCAAUAAGGGAAUUAAGACUUUGCUUCCCAAAAUGGAAAAGAUGUUUCUGGGAUCAAAGAUAGAGGUGUCAAUGGACGCCAAGAAAAUGUUUAUAGAGUGUACUCGUACCAAGCAGAAAGAGCGAGUGAACCAGAAGGCGGGAUCACAGACGCCGCAGAGGUCCGCCGAGGGCACGCCCGCGAGGAACGAGCGGGUGCCUACCUCCACCAAGGGGGCAGCUUCACAACAGGUCCCCGCCAAGGGGGCAGCUCCAAAGGUCCCUGCCAAAGGGACAACUCCACAGGUCCCAGCCAAAGGGAAGGGGCCAGCCGAGGUCACGAAGAAGCCAACCGAGGUUGUGAAGGAGCCCGCCAAGGGGGCCGAGGCGGGUAAGAAGCGGCCUAUCGAGGAGGCCUUGAAGGAACAACCACCAAAGAAGGCAACCCACAGCGAGCAUCCUGUCGGGGAUGCCACGAUGAAGGGUCCUCGUGCCAAGGAGCAUCACGUGGGGCCCUCAUUUGCCCCCACAUCUGCACAAGAGCUCGCCGAAGGGGCCAAGCAAUCUUCCAAAGUCUUCCGCCCCCAAUGGUCAGUUUGCGAGGGGGACUCUCUCACCGAGGAAGGGGUCAGUGAGGCCCUGACCUGUCUCCACUUCGUUGGUCUAGGGUACCAGAUGAGCCUCAACCGUGCCCACUUGGACAGCCUCGAAAAGGAGAAAGAGAAGCUCCAAAAAGCUGCCGCCGCCGUUGCCGAGGAGAAGCUCGCCAGGUUCAAGGUAGCUGAGGCCGAGAGAAAGGCAGCCGAAGCGGCGAAGCAGGCGGCUGAAGCUGAAGGGAAGACUGUUGAGGCAUUGAAGCGGGCAGCCGAGGCCAAUAAGAAGGUGGCAGAGGCUAAAGGGAAAACUGUUGAGGCGUUGAAGCAGGCAACCAAAGCGGCGAAGCGAACUGAGGAGGCGGAGAAGCAGGUAGAGGACCUUGCCGACUGCGCGUCUGGGAUGUACCUAGACGGGAUCGAGGAUACUAAGAAAGUCCUCAAGGAGAUGCUGCCAGACUUCGACGUCGAGAGCUUGAAGGUGAUUUCGGACUCUCCCGAGGAGGUUGCUGAGGUCACCAUGGUUGUCGAUGGUGGCGCGGACUCUAGCUGA